AUGCGGUAUAUGAAGUACUUCAUCUUUUACUACUUUAUAACAGUUCAUUCAACGGGACUCAAAAGAAAAUACUGCGACCUUCAAUCAGAUGACAUUUCAAGACAGUGUUUCAUGAAAGAGACUUUAGCCACAUUAUCACACAGUCCAAAUCAGCUUGCAGUUGAUAAAUCCUCUAAUAUAUUAUACUUCAGCUUUGAUAUGGGACAGGGAGAAUACAUACCAGCAAUUUUAAGGAUUGACACUAAAAAAUUGACUGUAUUAAAAGGAGUGAAAGAUGCAUUUGCCAUGGCAGCGGAUAACAGUACAGGCGAAAUCUACUUUGGCGGAAGUUACGGUAUUUACAAAUAUAACCCACUUGUUAAAGACUUAAAGAGACUUUCUGUCAGCAAUUUGGACAUAUGGUGGUUGUUCAUAAAGAAUGACAUAUAUUUUAUUAAAUUUCCUAGUCUCAGUGCUUUCUAUUAUCAAAACAAGACCCUCAAAUAUGUACCACAACUAAAGAGUUUUACCAUUCAUCAGUUUGUGUUUGAUGAAGAUGGUAACGUCUUUUUCAUUAACAGCACCGGAUUAUUUGGUAUCAAAAAUGAUAGUUUCAAUGCUGUUUUAUUGAAAGAUAGUCCUAAAUUUUUAGGAAUGAGCCUAGACAACGACGGGCACGUAUAUGUUUGUAGUGAAGAUGGAAUUUUUGUGAUCAGUAAAAUAAUCCAGAAAGUAAAAAGAGUUAUAAACAUACAAGGUGUACUAGGGUUUACCUUUGACAAACAUAAUAAUAUAAUAUAUUCAGACUCACACGAAUUAGUAAGGCUAAUACCAGUUGAUAAAGAUGAUGAACAUACAAAUCUAAUAUUGUAA